GUAAGUUUCGCUCAAGAAAACGCACGUUCCGUUUAUGCACUGUUAAACAUGCGGAAUCGAUUCGUUUACGCCAUAAAACAAUUAUGCGGUUUCUCUCCAGAGCUCGACGCAAUGCACAUUUCUUAAAAACGAUUGAAUAUUCCGGAGUACUCAAGCUACAUGAAUAUUUCGUAACACUUAUUGUUAGUGUUAUGUGUGUACAACUGAUUUAAUAAAUCUUCACUAUUUCUACAAUGAGAUGCGAGGUACUUUGUACCUAGAAUGAUUCACAACGUAUGAACUGAUAACUGUAUGCUACGCCGGUUAUAUUGCGAUAAUGUAAGCGUUAUUUCGUGGAAUAUAGCAAAUCUUACCUAACGAUUUUACCACAAGUUCCAAUAGAAAAUUCCAAUAAAGGGAACUCGAGAAUUUUAGUUGAUCUGUCAACUUUAAUUAAUCCGGCUUGUACUCUCUAGAAGUCUAUCAGUGGAUUAUCACUGAAAACAGUGAAUAGUCACUGGUUAACAGUUACAAAUAUAUCACUGCGAUUUCCCGAUUUUCACGACAAAAAUAAAUAUAAUGUACGGAAAUUUCACAAUCUGUUGUAUAAUCUGGCAUCAAUCGACCUGAUAAUUGAUAACGUAGUUUUUUUACUCAGAAUUUUCGCCGAUUUAUUUGAAAUGUAUAUUUCGCUUUUUCUCUAUAGAACCUUUUUGCACGCACAGGUGAACAAACGAUAACGAUGCGUUGUAAAAGUUUUCAGUAAUAAUUUACAUGAAGUAGAAUUAUUGAAAUUGAAGAAACUCAUUUUGCUGAUUAGCAGAAAUUUUACACGGAUUUAACUGUAGCUGACAACAGCCUAACAUCCUGCCUGAUUCUGAUAGCAUACUCGUAUAUUAUUGCAGCAAAGAGGAAGAGAGGCUCAGUAUACUCUACGCACUAUAUGUAUUAUAACUGUCCUCGCGCUGAUCACUUGUCCUCGUUAGUGGGGUGUCUCAAAAUAUAUGUUUAAAUGUACUUGACAAUUAUGAAAUUUCCGUACAUUAUAUUUAUUUUUGUCGUUCUACAAAACGCAUUAAUUAAAGUUGACGGAUUAUCUCCGAGUAAAGCUGUGGAUUGGAUAAUCCUGAAGGAUGGAGAUUGUACUAAGAUCGUUAGUUUUCUAGCGUCGUAUGAACAACCAUACUUGGAAACAUAUAAGGAAACAGUAUGGGGUAUUUUCUAUAAGACCCGCACCCGAUGGAAUUAUAAGAUUCAGUAUCGCGUUUCAACGCGCCAAGAGCACGAAUGUUGCGCCGGAUACGCGAAGAUACGUAGGCCAUUCGUAUCAAAGGCGAUGAUCUCAGUGUGUGAACCGAUUUGUCGACCUGAUUGCGGAAAUGGUACAUGCGUAAAACCGAACGUAUGCAACUGCAAUAACGGAUACCGUUCAGAGACAGCUCUAGGCACUAACGUCGGCUGUGCACCUGUGUGUACUCACGCCUGUGUACACGGCAAAUGCGUCGCACCCGAAAUUUGCAAAUGCGAUUUUGGAUACAAACUGAGCGACAACAGUUACAUCUGCGAACCUGUCUGCAGUGAGCCGUGCGGUACAGGAUCAUUUUGCUAUAAACCCUACCAGUGUCUCUGCCUGAAGGGAUACAAAAUGAUAAAUAGUGAUUCUAAAUUAUCUAACAUGUGCCAACCUAUUUGCGAGAGAGAAUGUGUUCACGGUAAGUGCACAGCCCCCGAAACCUGCACUUGCAAUCACGGUUACGAGCCUGAUCCUUUUGACAUAUUCGCCUGCAAGCCCACGUGCGAGCCCGGUUGUCUCUACGGCAAGUGCACUGCGCCCAAUGUGUGCACCUGCAACGAGGGCUACUCGUUAAAAACCCCGAACGUUUGCGCACCAAUCUGCAGCGAAGCUUGCGUCAUGGGCACUUGCGUGGCUCCCGAAAGCUGCAGCUGCUUACCGGGCUACGGGCUGCUCGAGAACUCAAAGUACAUCUGCGAACCGGUCUGCGAGAAGGCUUGCGUCAAUGGGCGAUGCACCACGCCUGGCGAAUGCACAUGCGAGAAAGGCUACCUAUCCAGUGGCGACGAAACAGAGAAGCACAUUUGUAAGCCUCACUGCGAAAUUUCUUGCCAACCGUUCGGCAAGUGCACUGCCCCAAAUGUCUGCACCUGCAUUGAGGGAUACCGCCUGGUUGAGAAGCCGCGUGCCAAAAAGAAAAUUUCGUCAAUCUUUAACGAUUAUUCGGUUUGCGAGCCGGUCUGUCAUUUAGAGUGCAUCAACGGAUUUUGUAGUGCGCCGAACACGUGCAGCUGCAAUAUCGGCUAUCUUCCGUCGGGCAAGAAUUCUACCGCCGUAUGGUGCACACCCACCUGUAGGCAGAAAUGCGUCAACGGUUUCUGCAGCGCACCUGACACUUGCACGUGCAACGCGGACUAUCGUCCUUCCAAUUCUACAAACGUAUGCAAGCCCUUCUGCGCGACCGAUUGCAUCAAUGGACAUUGCACCGCGCCAAACGAAUGCACCUGCAACCCCGGUUACCGACCUACCGAAGGUAAUCGUACGAGCCUCUGCGAGCCCGUUUGCGAUCCGAGCUGCGAGAACGGUAUCUGCGUGAAGCCCGACGUGUGCAGCUGCAACCCGGGCUAUUUAUCGACGAAUCCUAAAGGAGAACUCGCGAAGGUGAACACGUGCGAUCCUAUCUGUCACCCAGCUUGCGGGACAAACGGUAUCUGCAAGGCGCCCGAUCUUUGCGUCUGCAAGGACGGUUAUCGCAUGGUUUAUUACGACGCGGGAAACAUCCCGUUCGAGUGCACACCGAUCUGCCGCGUCGAAUGCGGCAACGGCACAUGCGCGGCGCCGGAUCACUGCGUGUGUUUCGACGGUUAUCGAAACGCGAAAACCGGCAGAUGCGAGCCCGUCUGCGGGUCCUGCGGCAACGGCACGUGCGUCGCGCCCGAGGUCUGCGAAUGCGACGACGGGUUCGGCCCCGCGAAUCUCGAAUUUGGAACACAGGAAUCUCGAAACUCGAUUAUUCCGGAGAAUAGUACGGGAAACGGGAGCAGAUGCGUGCCGCAUUGCGAGAAUUGCGACAACGGCGAGUGCGAGGCACCAGGUGAGUGCCGAUGUCAUGCCGGUUUCGUCGAGAUCGUAGGCACCUGCGUGCACGCGUGCCAAGGUGGUUGCGGUACUCACGGCGAGUGCAUCGAGGAACGUAAGGCUUGCGAGUGUAAUUACGGAUGGGCCGGAUUACACUGCGAUCGGCCAACAUUGUGCGUUCUGAUAUUGAACGACGAAGGAAAUCGUACCGAGCAAUUAACAGUUGUUAAAGAAUUGAAUGCUACGAUCAAACAUAUACUCAUAAAUAACCCAGUAUGUUCCCAGUGUAUUGGUAAAGUAAAUAAUGAAACUUUGUGCUUUAAUAUGUUGAUCAAUGGCACGAAGGACGAGACGCAAGUUGGUUGCUUAAUGAAUGAAGAAUGUCUUGCAUCGAGCAGUCAAUACAAAGGUCAAGAGAAAAUAAUUCAACUAUCAAGUGGAAUCGCAUGUGGAAUAUUAUUUCUAACAGCAAUAACGAUAUAUCUGAUUGUACGAAAACGCCGAAACAGACAGACAGACCUAGGCAGUGUUGAGACAAUUUACAGGCACAGUACAUCGAUGCAAGUGAUGAACAUAUGGUGUGCGAGUGAAAUUCCUUUUGAGGAAUUAGAGGGUGGUGAUUCUAAAGAGCAUCUUAACAACAUGUGCAAUAAAGUAAACAGAUUUGAGUACAAGUUCCCCCUAGUAAAACUGGUUCCUUAUCUGGAAACAUAUAGACGAUACAGACCACUAUAUGUGGGUGGAGAUUCGGAAGAACAAAGUUCAUGGUUCCCCAUCGUGAGUCGAACGAAUUACAGGAAAAAGCGGAUGUGCUGCGAAGGCUAUGUUCUGUCCGGUGCAUCGUGCGUACCACGUUGCCCGCAAUCAUGCGAGAAGGGCACGUGCAAGGAGCCGGAUGUGUGCACCUGCAACGAAGGAUACCACAUGUCGAGUAACGGCACGUGUCUGCCCAAGUGUUCGAACGGCUGCGUCAACGGCACCUGCAUCGAACCUGAGCUUUGCAGUUGCCACAAUGGCUAUUGGUUGGACUCAGACGGAUUCACCUGCCUUUCCGUCUGCCAGCAACAAUGCGGAUAUCACGAGUACUGCUCCGAGCCGAACGUAUGCACGUGUCGUUCCGGUUACAUGAGAACCGGCAUCGACCCAUAUCCGUCUAUGUGCAAGCCCAUAUGCGACGAACCGUGCGUUUUGGGCAAGUGCACGGCGCCGAAUACAUGCACCUGCGACGACGGCCAUAGGGCGGUGAACGCGAGCGUCUGCGAACCGAUCUUGCCGAUUUGCGAACAUGACUGCAUAACGAGCGAAUUCAACAGUCAUUGCUUGCCGUACGUGCCGGAGAGAUGCAGCUGCAGCAUAGGUUUCGAACGCCGAAAGGUCGACUUCAAAGAUAUAUGCAGACCGAUAUGCGGGCUAGGAUUUGUUAAUGAUGAAACUACUCACAUAUGCAAGCCGCACUGCGAACCACGUUGCAGACCCACAACAGAAUGUACGUCGCCCAAUAAAUGCACUUGCUCUAAAGGUACUCACUCAAUCUUCGAUAAACAGCCUAUCGAUUGCGAACCGAUUUGCGAGUUUGACUGCGUCAAUGGUUGGUGCAGCGGCCCAAACGAAUGCACCUGCGCUAGGGGUUACUAUCCCUCGUGGCUCGAAUUUCAUCAACCCAUAGACAACUCCACGACACACGUUUGUGAGCGAUUCCGUAAACCUCGCUGCAACGCGCUCUCGUGCGGGAAGAAUGGGACGUGCCACGCAAUCGGCAUUUGCGUUUGCAACGAAGGUUACGCGAGGGACACGGACGGCGAUUGCGUACCCUUCUGCGUCCAAGAGUGCACCAACGGCACGUGCACGGCGCCGAAUCGCUGCGCGUGCCACGACGGCUUUGCGUCGCUCAACGGCAGCUUCUGCGAGCCAGUUUGCGAAAGGGGCUGCCAGAACGGCGACUGCGUCGGCCCGAAUCGUUGCGUUUGCCAUGACAAUUUCGUACCGAACGACGACCAUCACUCGAGACCUGAAUGCAUCCCCGUGUGUACUCGCAACUGCAGCGGACACGGCGAAUGUGUCACCGGCCGCAGCCCCGACGAGUACACGUGCGAGUGUCAUUUCGGAUGGACGGGAGGGGAUUGCGUUAAACCGACCAUGUGCGCCGUAACGGUGGCUUACGAUCAUGACAGUGCCAACAGAAUCACGAUUCGUAACGCUACAAACAGCACGAUCGUGCGAGCCUACGAAAACGCACCUGAUUGUUAUCAAUGCGACAAUUCUUUUGACAAUGAAACAUUGUGCUACGUGAUGCAAUCUGACGAAGGCAAUACAACUACCAUCACCUGUUUGCUCAGUACAGAUUUGCCUUGUUACACGUCGCCUUCUUACACCGCCUCGAUCAAUGUUGCCAAAACAGUUUGGCCUUUCGUGAUUCUCUCUAUAAUUAUUAGUCUGACUGGUCUGACAGUGACAGCGUAUUUAAUACAUCGCAAACGUCAAAAGAAGAAAAUGGCUAUGGCGAAUAUACCGCCGAACAUUUUUGUGCGAGAAUCUUUCGCUACGGAGCUUUUGUUGGCUGACAUCUAACCUUAAAGGAGACAUCGAUAUAAAAAGUUCCGAAAAGUGGACUGCAGUAAUUACGAUAAUAAUGAUAAAUAGCACAAUUGUAACCGUAAUUAUAAUUUAGAAUGUUGUUGUGUCUUCACAUAUCUCGUAAAAAUAAGUAAUAUUCAUUCAGCCAAUAAUUGCUGUUAGUAACAAUAUUUUCACGUAAGUCCAAUCGAGUUUAUUAUUAUUAUAUUUUCUUGAGUA